CCUGUACUGACGGCCUUUAUGCAGGCCAGACCUCCCGUGUUCAACCCCAAUUUUUCCUUCCCUGCGAUCGCCACCGGUAUGCCUUUCGGCUGGCCCGCCAUGUCGCCCCCACCACCGACCGCAGAGGCAAGCGGGUACAACUGGAGCUUCCCGUCCUUCUCUCCUCCACAAUCGGCCACAUCGUCAGGACACUCUCAGCCAUCUCAGUUCCGCCCGCUCUCGUGGAGGACGACGCUCUGCAGACACUUUGCAAAGAACCAAGGCUGGUGCCCACUGGGCGACGAAUGUGGAUAGUGCGUACU